AGUAGCACAAUGCAGUUGAAAGCAGCAAGCACAAUCCUCUGCAAGGCACUAUAGGACUGGAGAAAUGCCAUUACCUAACAAGACUUUCUUAAAAGGCAUGUAUUGAUUCUGGAUACAGCGAUAAUCAUGAGUUACCAUACAAUAACAUACCCAGGACUCCUGGUUCUUGUAUGCUUGGUAUCAAAUAUUAUUUGCAUUUGCCCUUUGAAGUGCUCUUGCUUGGUAAAGAACAGAUAUGUAGACUGUUCCGGAAGAAACCUUACAGCACUGCCACAUGGGCUGCAAGACAAUGUCACACACCUGAAUCUGUCUCACAACCUUUUAGACAACUUGGAUCAUCAAUUGACUCGGUUCUCCAAUUUGAGAUUACUUGAUCUAUCCCACAAUUUGCUCCGGACCCUUCCUGCUCAUUUGCCAAGAUCUCUUUGGGAGGUUUACGCUAAAAGCAACACAAUUAAAGUUCUCCACAAGCUUGACACUGCUUACCAAUGGAAUCUUAAAGUGCUGGAUAUCUCUAGCAACGAGAUACGGAGAAUGGUGUUCAUUAAUAAUACACUGAGCGACUUGCGGUUAUUAAACUUGAGCAGCAAUCAGUUAUGGACUGUUCCUACCAACAUGCCAUAUAACACACAAACUGUUGACUUGUCAAAUAAUUUCUUGACACAAAUUUUACCAGGAACACUGGUAAGGAUGCCCAAACUUCAAAAACUGUUCCUGCACAACAACAGAUUUGCCUAUAUACCAAACAAUGCCUUUGACCAACUCACAAAUUUAAAGAAGAUUACACUCCACAACAAUCCAUGGUCCUGCAAAGAAAUGCAAAACAUUACCUAUUUGCUGAAAUGGCUUAAGGAGACAGCAAUCCAUGUCAUAGGAUACCCAUGUGCCAAUGAAACAGCCCACCAUGACGCUGAACACAUGCCUUCUAUAACUGCAAAAUUUGAUGCAGUAUCAGAUUAUACACCAGUAUUUACAACGACUAGCUUGCUUUUUCUGGAGGCUCAAGAAACGAAACUGUACACACAAGUGCCAUUUUCCAAAGCCGGGACAGCAGAUUCUUUAACUACACCCAGCGAUUUUCCAAAGAGCACAAAUCAUUCCCUAGACACCGAAGAAGGUUCAGCACAUGAAAACCUCAACUCAGAUUUCAACACAUUUAUCACAAAGGAUGUACCUCUUACAAACGCAUAUGAAAUAGAAGAUUCUGGGUCUUACGAUUUCACAGUGACCUUGAGCAACAGCAAGCCAAUGCCAGUCAAUGCAUCAGAGCAGACUCUUUCAAGCACAACAAUCUCUGAGGGAGUACAAAUUACCACUAUUCAAGUGACAAAGAUACCUUCUGCCGCCCAUAAAGAUAAAGGUCUUAUUACUGAAUGUCUCAUCCUUCUGCUCAUUCUUAACAUGGUCUAAAGGCAUGAUGUAAGCAGAAUAAAAAUCUAUAAAAUUCACAAUUACAAACACAUGAAACCAUAAAAAAUGAUUUUGGAAAACUGCUUUGUUUGCUAUAACAUAUUAUGA